AUGGAAAAUCCAGAAAGCGUGUGCUUGAAUGUUGCCGAGAAGAUUCUAUUAGCAUUAGAUGAUAAAACUAUUUUUAAGAGAUACCUAAGUGAAAAAAAUCAACUAUCUACAGAUAAAACUCGGACAAAAACACAAAUCUCAAUAAGCUCGUUUACAAAAUCCAUAUCAAAUGAUAUGCCAACAAGUAAUAAAGAAAAUAACCAGCUUUAUUUAGCAAUCAUCCAAGAAAUUGAAAACUUACAAAAUCAAAUUCUUCCUUCCACACCGGUUACACACCAUAAUGAUCUUGACGAUGCACUAAAAUCACUAUUAUCGGUUAUUGAUACACAAUUUACAAGUCAUCAGUUCUUGAAACACAAAUUAAUGUGUGAAAAUGUUAAGCUAAAACAAGCUAUUUCGAAUAUUAAGGAAGUAUCACUUAAUGAUAUACAAGAAAACAGAAAAAAGCGCAUAGAAAAUGAUGAAAAUUGGGCCGAAAGAAAAGCACGAAUACUUGAAUUGGAAAAAGCAGCUCAACUCGAGAAAAAGAAACUUAGCAAACAGAUAGAGAAACUAAAAAUAGAUAAUAAAGAACUUCAAACACAGAUAGAACAAACUGAAACACAAUACAAGAAUAGGCAAGCAUUAAUCAAUGAUGCUAGCGCGGAAAUCGAAUCACUAGAUGAAACAAUAUCAACUCUCAAAGAACAGGCUACUCAAUUCCAAUAUGAAUUAGAAUUGACAAAUAAAGCAAAUCAAAAUCUCGAUAGUAUACAAAAAUUCAGAAUAUCAAAUGGUGGUGGCCUCAAGAAUGAAAAGGAAAGACUUAUCCAAGAAUUAGAUGAGCUUAAACGGAGAAAUAACAUGUUAAUGGCAGAAUUACCAAAGACUUACAAAUAA